UCAGAAGCGGAGAGAGAGGAUCAUAGAGGAAAAAGCUCUCUGGCUACGACUUUUGUCGAAUUCACAUACCAACAUCUAAACCGAACCGGGGUCAGUGGACAAACGCUAAAAAAUAAAUAAAAACAACUGGAAAAUUGUAGGAUUAAAUGAUUUUAUGGAUUAAUUUGAACCUUUUCUUUCGUCGAAAGAAAACAUUCUCAACUUGACUUCAUAGAAUCGUUACGCUGGUCACUCAAGAGGAGCCCAGAGGACUGGGAAAGAGAUGAAGCGGGCCACUGACGGGGAUCAUCAACUGGCCCGGAGAGUUUCCAAAAACUCCUAUACUCCGGAGGAGCCGCCCUACCUGACAGUGGGCACUGAUGUCAGCGCCAAGUACAGAGGUGCUUUCUGUGAGGCCAAGAUUAAGACUGCCAAGAGACUGGUCAAGGCCAAGGUGACCUUUAAACCAGACCUGACCACAGCAGAGGUCCAUGAUGACAGCAUCCAAGGCCCUCUGAAGGUUGGUGCUGUAGUAGAGGUGAAGAACCCUGAUGGAGUGUACCAGGAAGCUUCCAUCAACAAGCUGACUGACUGCAGUAUAUACACUGUUGUGUUUGAUGAUGGUGACGAGAAGACACUGAGGCGUUCCUCUCUCUGCCUGAAGGGAGCGCGUCACUUUGCAGAGAGCGAGACACUAGAUCGCCUCCCUCUCACCAACCCUGAGCACUUCGGCACUCCUGUCAUCGGCAAGAAGGGGAACCGGGGACGCAGGUCCAAUCCAGUUCAGGAGGAAGAGUCCUCUUCAUCGUCCAGUGAAGAGGAGGACAGUGACGGGAGACAGAACGAAGACCUGUAUGGGAAGGUGGUGUGUGUUGAGGCGGGCCCUGCCUCUACUGCAGACAGGAAGACCAAGACAACAGCAUGGUACCCUGCCCUGGUCAUCACCCCAGACUGCCAUGAAGAGGCCACCAUAAAGAAAGACACCGUCUUCGUUCGUUCCUUCAAGGAUGGCAAAUUCAACACAGUGCUGAGGAAGGACGUAACGGUGAUGGACAUAGACUCUCCUCCUAAAGCUGACGCAGGGCUCAAGCCAGUGCUGGAUGCGGCUGUGGAGUUUGUGCAUCAGGCGGUGGUGCCCGGCUCCUGGAGGACUGAGGUGAAAGACGAGAGUUCCACAAGUGAGGAAGAUGAGGAGGAGGGAGAGCAGGAGGAAGAGGCCAGCGAAGAGGAGGAUGAGGAGGAAGUGGAGCCGUUCCCCGAGGAGAGAGACAACUUCCUGCAGCAGCUGUACAAGUUCAUGGAGGACAGAGGAACCCCCAUCAACAAGAAGCCUGUGCUGGGCUACAGGAACCUGGACCUCUUUAAGCUCUACAGACUGGUGCACCAACUGGGAGGCUUCCAUGAUAUUGAGAGUGGAUCCGUAUGGAAGACUGUCUACCAAGCUCUGGGAAUCCCUGUUCUCAACUCUGCCGCCGGCUACAAUGUCAAAUGUGCUUACCGCAAGUACCUGUAUGGGUUUGAGGAGUACUGCACCUCCUGCGCCAUCACAUUCCGCAUGGACCUUCCACUGAAGCAGCCCAAGGCAGAGGGGGGCAAGGCUGAGGGGGAGACGGGGGAGGCAGGGGGAGACUGUUCUGUCCCCCCUGUAGCCUCAUCAAGCUCAGCAGAGGAGCAGAAACGGAAAGCCUGCUACUCUGAGAGAGAGAACCUGUGCUGCUCAGAGACCAGCAGCACUCAGCCCAUCGUCUGCAAGGAGGAGACUGAGCUCACCCGGAACAAACCGGAGCUGGAAUCUCUGAAGGCUGAGCAGCAGAAGGCUGAGAGAGAAGGUGGUGAUGAUGAUGAUGGUGUUGAUGAUGAGGAAGGAAACGACCAUCACAAGCACGGCUCUGAUGAUGAAGACGGCCCUUCAUUUGCUCGCCUCAGAGAUGAGGGAGUGAAGCUGGAGCCUUACGAUGAGGAGCAGGAGGCUGGGAAGGAGGAGGACAUUUCUGGCUCUGGGGAUGAGAGCUGCAGUCAGGAGGGCGAUGGUGGUGAUGAGGAUCUGGGGGAGGAAGGGGAGGAGUUUGAGUGUUACCCCCCGGGGAUGAAGGUGCAGGUGAGGUAUGGGCGUGGUCGCAGCCUGAAGACGUACCAGGCCACUGUGAAAGAGGCUGACGUGGAGGGGGGAGAGGUGCUCUACCUGGUUCACUACUGUGGCUGGAACGUCAGAUAUGAUGAGUGGGUCAAAGCUGACAAGAUUGUCCGUCCAGCCAAUAAGAAUGUUCAGAAGAUCAAGCACCGUAAGAAGAUAAAGAACAAAGCGGAGAGAGAGCGCAACCGCCUGGAGCAACUGAACGAGGACCUGGGGAGUCCGUCCCCCAACAGACUACGUGUCCCCCGCCCCUCCUCCAAAUCCCUCGGUCCCUGCUCUGCCCAUGAGCGCCAUGUCUUCUCCAAGAUGGAGGACGGUGAGAACCAAAGGACUCUGACUCUGCAGUCUCCAGUCAAGUCUAUUGAAAUCACUUCUAUCCUCAAUGGCCUGCAAGCCUCAGAGAGUUCAACAGACGAGUCUGAUCAGGAUGAUGGGCGUGAGGACGACGAUGACCAUCCAGGUUCAGGGGGCCGCGGCAGUCUCAGAAAGGGGGGUCCCCCAAAACCCCUUCACGCCUUAGACCGCUGGGAGGGUACCGCCUCUACCGAUGUCCCCAAACCACCAUUGGUCACAGGGAAGAGCCAACAACCAAUCAGCGUCGAGACCCCGGAGGCUGGGAAGCGGCGUAGCCAACUAGAGUUUGAGGCUGAGAGGGAGGGGCCAGGUAGCUCUGCCUGCAGGAAGAGGAAAUCAGAAGGAAUGGCAGGGGAGCAACAGACCUCUAAAGGACCCCUGUCCAAAACCAAGCUCCCAACCAGGAGCACAAGGAGUGCAGACUGGCUGCCGGGAGGCUCCAACAGGAGGGCCCAGGAGAGAGCAGGAGGUCUAGGGGAAGACAGAGGAGGAGCAGGAGGUUCCUCUAGCAGCAGCUCAGAUGACGGAGGUGCACCUCCCAUUGAGCCCCACCAGGCCGAUGGAGACCGACCCAGCUCCCGUCCCAAACCUUCCCCCUCUAAGAAGUACAACGGCAUGAAGGACAAGACAGCCAAGAGUGGCACCGGUGGUGGAGGCGGCGCCCGCCCUGCGGGAUUCUGGGAGAUCCCUGAGAAGAGGGCUAAGAUGGCAUCCAGCAGCGUGGAGGAGAGGGAGAGAGAGAGAGCGAGACCGGCGGGUGGCAGUCGUACCAAGGGCCAGAAGGAUGUGUGGUCCAGUAUUCAGGCCCAGUGGCCCAAGAAGACCCUGAAGGAGCUGUUCUCUGACUCCGACACAGAGGCUGCUAACUCCCCUCCUCCGCCUGGACCAGCCCAGUCCUCAUCAUCAUGCCACGAGGAAAGGGAGAGCAGGGGGGAUGGGGACGAGGCAGGAGGAGGAGGCCCGGAGAGGGAGAGCAGGGGGGAGCAGGACGUGGAGGGAGACGAGGCAGGAGGAGGAGGCCCGGAGAGGGAGAUUAGGGGGGAGCGGGGCGGGGAGGGAGACGAGGCAGGAGGAGGCCCGGAGAGGGAGGACCAUGACCUCUCAGAGGAGAACCAGGGGCAGGAGAAGAGGACGAGUGAGCAGGAGUUCCCCUCCAGUGGAUCUAAUUCAGUUCUCAACACCCCUCCCACCACCCCAGAGUCCCCAUCCAUGGGACAUAGCAGUAGUGGGGCCAUGGCGCAAGGGGCUGGAACUGGCUCUAACCGGACUCAGCCCUCCUGUCCUCCCCUGUCUGUAACCCCUGCUCUGGGUACAGCGCCCUCCUCUGACCCCUUGGCUCCGGGGUGCCCCAACACCCUGUCAGAGGAAGGUGGUUGUGGUCGCAGUGAGACAGACAGCAGUACAGUGGAGGUGGAAAGUCUAGGAGGGGAGCUGCAGGACCAGGACUUACCCCCAGACCAGGAGCAGGGAGAGCCCCACCACCAUGGGGGGGCAGGAUCCCCCUCUUCGCAGAGUAAAGUCUCCCUCCUAGACGGUCCAGGUAGCCUGUCCUCCUCUCACAGCCACUCCAACUCUACCUGCAGUCUGGAGCUCAGUAGUAGCAGUCGGCACGACAACACUGAACACAAAGCCAAAGUGUCUGCCAGUCACAAGCGUCAGAAGGAACAGCAGGCAGGUGGAGCAGCAAAGAAACCCAAGCCAAACAGAAAGAGCUCAGUGCCUCCCAAGAAGAACAAUAACAGAAAAACUGCCCACAGCAGUGACAGUGAAGACCAGUCAUUGGGCGAGAGCACAGCCAGGUCUUCAGUCUCCAAGACCCAUGGUGCAGCAGACAUGAAGGGGUCCAUCUCGCCCAAGUGUCCCGGCCUGGGACAGGGACGCACCACUCCAUCCAGCCAGAAGUACCACAAGCAGCAUGGUGACCCUGACCACCAUCACCAUCUUCACAAUCGGGAACAUCACCGGGAGCCGGACCUGGACAAGAUGUCUAGUCUGGAGAGGAUCUCCUUCCUCCAGGAGAAGCUGCAGGACAUCAGGAACCACUACCUGUCCCUCAAGUCUGAGGUAGCCUCCAUCGACCGACGACGCAAACGCAUCAAGAAGAAGGAGAGAGAGAGUAUGGUGGCAGCGUCUUCCUCCUCUUCCUCGUCCCCGUCCUCCAGCUCUCUAACAGCAGCAGUGAUGUUGACGCUAGCCGACACUCCUGUGUCGUCCUCUUCCUCCUCUCAGAACUCUGUGGUGUCUGUAGAGUGUAGGUGACAGGACAACCCCUCACCCCUCCCAACCUUCUGAGUCCUAGGACAACCCCUCUCCCCUCCCAACCUUCUGAGGCCCAGGACACAGCACUGAGCACUUAACCAGCACCACCCUGGUCCCCAUCCCAAAAUACCCCCAACACCCAUCAAAGCCCCAUCCCUACCACUAACGCCUCCACUCCAAAGCCUCAGUACAUCCCCACCUCAAACCGGAGAGCACCCAGUUAUCAAUGCCCCCACUUAAACCUCCACUCUUAUCCAUGCCUCUCCACCCCAGAGCCCCUUUCCAACAGUAUGGCCCCAUCACCCCUACUUCCAACUCCCUCCCAGCAGGACAGACAACACAAUCUCUAUACUGGAACAACCACAGGGAUACAGCAACACAGACAACCAGACCAACAAGACAAAACAAACACUAUUUUCUAUCCACAGCUGUUUCCUUGGCAAGCUAAUUGCACUUAAGUGCACUUUUAUGAAGAUUUUGAGGGGGAAGAAUACAACGACCAACCAAAAAAAAAAGUACAAAAGUA